CAUUCAUUUCUUGAUCGACACUUCAAGCCUGACGAGACGAGCUGGUGAGAAAGACCAUCAGCCUGUGCCUGCCUCCCUUACCUCCCUGCGCAACAAGAACACAACAUCCAACUCAUCCUCCUCUCAUCCAUGUUCCCAUCUGCCUAAGACGGGCGCUGCGAUGCCAACCUCUGCAUUUCCUUGUGUACCCUCUACCUCUCACUCUUUUCUAGUGUCACCAAUCCCAAACCCUUGAGUCUUCUCCUUCCCUUGGCCUCUCCCACCUCAGGACCUUCGAGGCAAACCCUCUCCCUGACCACUCCUUCCAUCGCGCAACCAUGGCCGCUGUUGCCGACUCCAGCUUUGGUGCACACGACCCCAAAAGCCCACGCUCGCCUGUCUUGAAUCGAGACAACGACCUCCCACCAGUCCCAGCCCCUGCCGCCUCGAACGGCGACUCUGAUCCCACCCAGCGGCAGAAUAUUCGACAGGUCCUCUCGUCUGAUAUUGGCAUCAAUACCCUUCUCACGCGCUUGAAACAGAGCAUUAGCUCCACGCGGGUAUGUCUCCUUCGACCUCAGCCCAUUGACCCCUCGACCUCAAACAAACGCUGACCACGGCCAGGACUAUGCCCUCUUUCUCAAAGACCGUUCCGUCCUCGAAGAAAAGCACGCUACCGGCCUCAAGAGGUUGGCUCAAAAUGCUCAACACAAUAUCACUAGGCCCGAGAGCAGGCAGGGUUCAUACGCAACCGUCUAUCAGGAAAUCGCACGCAUGAACGAACGUCUGGCAGAACAAGGCCUUGUGUUUUCCAGCACUCUUCACGCCAUGUCGGAGGAAUUGUACGACUUGGCCAGCAAUUCCGAAAAGGGCCGCAAGCAUUGGAAACAAUUUGGCCUCAACGCCGAGAGGCGCGUACAAGAUGCCGAACUCGCCAUGGACAAGGCCAAGGGCAAAUAUUAUUCACUAGCCGAGCAAUUCGACAAGGUCAAAACCGGCGAACGAACAUCUGGCAAAUUCGGCAUCAAGAAGAACGCCGCUCAACACGAGGAGGAACUUCAACGCAAGGUCGAGACCGCCGACAGCGAUUAUGCCUCCAAGACCCAGUACGCCCAAACCCAACAGCACGAGUUGCUGUCCACCUUGAGACCCCAAACCAUCAAUGCACUGCAAGACCUCAUCUACGAGACCGACGCCGCCCUCGCUUCUCACGUUCAAAAGUUUGCCGUCCAGAGUGAGAAAUUGUUGUUGGGCUAUGGACUCAACAUCACCCCACUCAAAGCCCAGUCGUCCUCUGGCAUGCCCGUCCAGAAAAGUCUCCGAGAGUUGGCGGCGAGUAUUGACAACGAACACGACUUUGCGGAUUAUGUCCUCGCCUUCACCAACCAGGCCGAGGCUCGCCCCAACGAGAUCAAGUACGAGAAGCAUCCCUCCUUUGCGACUAGACAGCAACAGCAAUCCCAGUUCGGAGGCUAUGGUCCCGGUGCCGAGCCUCAUCCUUCAAACCCUCCGCAGUAUGGCGGCUAUCACUCAAGCCCUCCACCUCAGAGCCAAGGCCAAUUCGGGUCCUAUCAAGAGACCUCCUACGACAACCACGGUGGUCAGCAACAAUACCCGCCCCAACAGCCUCAUCACCCAGCUGGUUUUGGCUACGGAUCCGGUUCACAGUCACGGCCUGCCCCCGAAGAUCAAUUGCCUUUCCAGAGCCAAGCACCAGCUCGACCACCGCAGCAGGCCCGUCAACAAUCCUUUGGCCCUCCACAACUGCCUCAAAUCGACGGUCUCGGCUCGGGACAAUUUUCCGGACAGAGUACUGGCGUUGUGAGCGCAGAUUCACCAUCUAGUCAUAAUCGCAAUGUCUCUCUUCCCUUUGGUUCACAAGUCGGUGGAGCAGUACACCCUGCACGGGGGGCCUCUCUUGGGCCGCAGGGUGAAUCUGGAGAUGCAGCCGGUCCCCCACAGGACCGAUCAGAUAGCCCAGGCCCGAACUCUAUAUCGGACCCUCGUCACCAAGCGUCUUCUUCUGCUUUCGGUCCAGGCCCUUGGUCCACCCCGCCGCCUCACCUCGCAAGUGAGAUACGACCUGCCGGGACAGGGUAUCCACCCCAGCAGCAAGGUAUCACGAACUCUGCUCGAGGAGGCGCCCCACCUGUGGCCCCCGAGAGCGCGGGACAGACUGGCCCCCAGGCAGGUCCUCCCGCAGGCACUGCCGGCCCCGGCGCGUACGGCAACACCGGACUCGGCCGGGAGGUGCAAGAUUCGUCUCGAACACAGGCGCCACCAGGGGCUCGUGGACCAAACGGAUCAACCGAGAGCCACACGAGGAUGCCCGAGCCUUUCCCCGUAGCCACUCCGCCGGCGAAACCUCCCGGAGGCCAAAGGACCACUGGGCCACCCACCAACCCGAUCUUUGGCGUGUCCCUGGACGAGCUGUUUCGACGAGACGAGUCUGCUGUCCCGACGAUAGUGUACCAGUGUAUCCAAGCGGUGGACCUGUAUGGACUGGAUACAGAAGGCAUAUAUCGUAUUUCGGGCUCGGCCAAUCACAUUAUGGAAAUCCGACAAAAGUUCGACCAGGAUGCCACACAGGUGGAUUUUCGGAGUGCAGCAUCUUUCUACAACGACAUUGCUUCGGUGACGACACUGCUCAAGCACUUCCUCAGAGACCUGCCUGACCCACUGCUCACCAAUGCACAGUACUCGGCGUAUAUUCAAGCUGCCAAAAUUGAGGACGAGAUUGUUCGACGGGACUCGAUCCACGCACUCGUUAAUGCAUUGCCAGACCCCAAUUAUGCAACAUUGAGGGUUCUUGCUCUUCACCUCAAUCGGGUGGCCAACCACAGCGAUAGGAACAAGAUGACUCAUGGCAACCUGGCUAUUGUGUUUGCGCCUACCUUGAUGGGACAGGGCAAGUCGGGGCCCAAUAGCACGCCAACCUCGCCCAACACCGACAUUGCUGAUGCCGGGUGGCAGGCCAAAGUGGUGGAAACUAUAUUGGUCAACACACUUCAGAUCUUUGACGACGAUGAAUGAGGGGAUUGGGACCCAGGGGGUUGUUAAAAUGGAGGUUGGGGUUACUCUGGUUUAUGCGACGUCUCUGCAAUGUUGGUGUACAACAAGGAUGAAGAGAUCUCUGGACAGUUUCCGCCUCGGGUGGAGACGAACAGGGCGUUUGAGCCGGUGCUGAAGCUGGAAGAUCUUGGACCAAUCUAAUUUAUUAUCUAUACAUCUAUUCUUUGGUAGACGUGACCAGCAGAAGCUGAAGCAAUCAUAUCAUUGCUGUCUUUGCGUA